AUGGAGCCGAAGGAGGAUGACAUUGUCAUUCAGCAGGAAGGUGCUCGCCUGAUCGUGGAUGAGCUGUCGAUGACGUUCCUGGAAGAUUGUGAAAUCGACUACACCGAGGAGAUGAUCAGGGCCUCCUUUUCCGUGGUGAAGAACAAGCUGGCCGACUCGAAAUGCGGCUGCGGCAGCUCCUUCAGUGUCGCCUCGUUCUGA